AUGCGCGGCGCACCGAGCCUCUGUCGCGGCGCGCGGCUGCUUGCUGCCCAGGCGGGCUGUGGACGGAUGGCGCGAGCUCUGCAUGUCUCGGCGAGUGUGCAACAGGACAAUGAGCGGCGCACGACGCACUUUGGCUUCCAGACCGUGGACGAGACACUGAAGGAGGGCCUUGUGCAUGGCGUGUUCUCGUCGGUGGCCUCUUCGUACGACCUGAUGAACGACGCCAUGUCGCUCGGCAUUCACCGCCUGUGGAAGAACCGGUUCGUGGAGCUGCUCGACCCCCGCGGCGGCAUCGAGUGCUUGGACGUGGCGGGCGGCACGGGCGACAUUGCGCUGCGCCUGCUCGAUCAUGCGCGCACGAAGCAUCUGGACCGCGAGACGCGCGUCACUGUGCUGGACAUCAACCCGAGCAUGUUGGUUGAGGGCCAAAAGCGCCUGAAGGAGAGCAUGUACUGGAACACGCCGCAGAUCCGGUUCCAGCUCGGCAAUGCCGAGGCGCUGAACGAGACGAUGCCCGUGCCGGAGCGGCGGAACCCGCCCGCGAGCACGCGCCGGAAUCCGAUCCUGCCGCCGCUCGUGAGCGAGCCGAUCGCAAGCGAGUCGAUGGAUCUGUACACGAUUGCGUUUGGGAUCCGCAACUGCACGCACAUUGACCGCGUGCUGGCUGAGGCGUUCCGCGUGCUCAAGCCGGGCGGCAUUUUCGCGUGCCUUGAGUUCGGCAAGGUGUCGCUCCCUCUGCUCGCGCAGGUGUACCGCCAGUACUCGUUCCAUGUGAUCCCGCCGAUCGGCGAGCUCCUGGUGGGCGACCGCGACUCGUACCAGUACCUGGUCGAGUCGAUCGAGCGCUUCCCGAAGCAGGCGGACUUUGCGCGCAUGGUCGCGGAGGCGGGCUUCCUGCUGCCUGGCAGCGCGGAAGCGUCGUCCAUGGGCCUUCCGCGCCUCGCGGGCGCGGGCGCUUGGGAAGACCUUACGUUUGGUAUCGCGACCAUUUGGACGGGGUACGUACUCUACGACUAA